CGUAUCUCUCUUGCUUUACAUCGUCAGUGCGAUAUACACCUGUUUGUGUGGUUUGUUUCACUUAAUUAAGAAUUUUUUCAAUUCUGUGCGUUCUUUAAUAGAGGCAAAAUGACCAGUGUGGAAACCAUUGGAGCUAUUGCAAUAAGGAUAGUCAAACUGAUCCUCAACCUAAUUAUCUUGAUAAUGUACAGAACAGGCAACCAUGGAAGCUUCCUUGGGGUCGGUGGGACAUGGAAUUUGAACGAGGAAAAGACACCGGAUGUUGAAAUCAUAGCUUCCGGUGUCUUCGUGGGAUACUUUAUAUACACGGCUGUUUCCCUCAUGAGCCUUCUUUUUGGAACAAGGGACAACAAAGUAUAUUUCACCGAUGUCAUCAUGGGAGUGAUUGGGGUUUUCAUGUGGAUCACGGUUGGUGCAGCAGCUUUGCACUACUGGCACGGGUACAUUGACGAACACAAAUAUGUCUCUGUUUCUUCAGAGAGAACGGUUGGACUUAUUAUGGGCUCCCUUUGUAUCCUAACGGCAGCAUUGUAUCUCUUGGAUUCUGUAGUGUCAGUGAUGUUUGUAGUGAGAGAAAAGCUGAAUGGUCAAUUCUGAUAAUAUACAAAACUUAGUAUUUAUGUUAGAUAAGAUGUUUGUUUUUUGUAUUUUUUUAUUCUGAGGUUCAACUUUUACCAGAACUGAAUCACAAAAUGACAGAAAGACUAAUAGGUUAUAAUCAGAUGAUGAAAAAUCUUCCGAUUGAUCACGACAUUAAAAAAAUCCUUGCCCGAAUCAUUUAAAGAAUUGAACAUGUACGAAAAAAAUGGUAGAUGUUAAUUGUGAAUGUGAAUAUUUAUCAUGUUGAGAUAAUCAUAUAUUAUGACAUUCAUUUGAGCUUCACAGAUCAAACCAUUUUUAUUAUAUGAACUUAUGUUUUAUACAUUGAAUAAACCGCGUUAUUUUCUAAAA